CCCCCGGGGCGCCGCCGCCUCCCCCGGCGGUUCGCUGCGGUCCGCUGCGGUCCGGCGGCCCCGCGGCGGUUCCUCGUCGUCGCCCCCGGGCCCCGGCCGGAGCACCCGUCUGUGGCACCCACGUUUCCACAUCAAGGUCUCUGUGUGUGUGUGCUGAUUUUCCGAUGAAGUACAUCCUGGUGACUGGUGGUGUCAUCUCAGGCAUUGGCAAAGGGAUCAUUGCAAGCAGCAUUGGCACCAUUCUGAAAUCAUGUGGUCUACGUGUCACUGCAAUCAAAAUUGAUCCUUACAUAAACAUAGAUGCUGGAACCUUUUCACCAUACGAACAUGGUGAGGUUUUUGUAUUGAAUGAUGGUGGAGAAGUUGACUUGGAUUUGGGAAAUUAUGAGAGAUUUUUGGACAUCAAUCUCUAUAAAGAUAACAAUAUCACCACUGGAAAGAUAUAUCAGCAUGUCAUUAAUAAAGAAAGACAUGGUGAUUACCUGGGGAAAACCGUUCAAGUUGUUCCACACAUCACUGAUGCAGUUCAGGAAUGGGUAAUGAAUCAGGCUAAAGUUCCGGUGGAUGAUGACAGAGAGGAGCCACAAAUUUGUGUAAUUGAGCUGGGUGGAACCAUUGGAGAUAUUGAAGGAAUGCCAUUUGUUGAAGCAUUUAGACAGUUUCAGUUCAAAGCAAAAAGAGAAAAUUUUUGUAACAUCCAUGUUAGCCUAGUACCACAGCCUAACGCCACUGGUGAACAGAAGACAAAACCAACACAGAACAGUGUUCGAGCACUGAGGGGUCUGGGCUUGUCUCCAGAUUUGAUAGUUUGCAGAAGUGCAAAACCUAUAGAAAUGGCAGUGAAGGAAAAGAUUUCCAUGUUUUGUCAUGUGGAGCCUGAGCAGGUGAUAUUUAUUCAUGAUGUUUCUUCUACUUACCGAGUACCAAUCCUGUUGGAGGAGCAAGGCAUCAUUAAGUAUUUUAAACAGAGGUUAAAUUUACCUAUUGAUGACCAGCCAAGUGAUCUUCUAAUGAAAUGGAAGAAAAUGGCUUGCAGAUAUGAAAGGUUGCUGAAGGUGUGUUCCAUAGCUCUUGUUGGCAAGUACACCAAGCUAAGUGACUGCUAUGCAUCUGUUUUCAAAGCUCUGGAACACUCUGCGCUGGCAAUUAAUUACAAACUGGAUUUAAUGUACAUAGAUUCAACAGAACUUGAACGUUCUACAGAAGCGGAGAACUCAGUGAAAUAUCACCAGGCAUGGCACAAACUGUGCAAAGCAGAUGGCAUUCUGGUCCCAGGAGGGUUUGGAAUUAGGGGAACGGAAGGCAAACUCCAAGCUAUCUCCUGGGCAAGAUCAAAAAAAAAACCUUUUCUUGGAGUUUGCCUGGGAAUGCAGUUAGCAGUUGUGGAAUUUGCAAGAAACUGUUUGAAUUGGAAAGAUGCAAAUUCUACAGAAUUCGACCCAGACACAAAAAACCCUGUUGUUAUUGACAUGCCAGAACACAAUCCUGGAGAUAUGGGUGGAACGAUGAGACUGGGGAAGAGGAGGACUGUUUUCAAAACAGAAAAUUCUGUUUUAAGGAAGCUUUAUGGUGAUGAAGCAUUUGUAGAGGAGCGACACAGGCAUCGAUAUGAGGUGAACCCAGAAUUGACUCACUGCUUUGAAGAGAAAGGUUUGAAAUUUGUUGGCCAUGAUACGGAGGGGAACAGAAUGGAAAUUAUUGAACUGGAGAAUCACCCGUAUUUUGUGGGAGUUCAGUUCCACCCAGAAUUUUCCUCAAGACCUAUGAAACCUUCACCUCCAUACCUUGGAUUGUUGCUAGCAGCAACUGGGACACUCAAUGCAUACCUUCAGCGUGGAUGUAAAUUGUCUCCAAGAAAAAACGACAGCUACAGUGACCUAAGUGAUGACAGUUCUCCAGAAAAAGAGUUUCCUAAUCCUGGCACAAGCUGAAACGAUUGUAUGAGAUUACAGAAAUGGAUGAUGCUGUUGAGAAACUUGGGAACAGUACAAUAUUGAAUAGAAGAAAGUAGAAGAGUAAGCUGCUUACAGUUCUCAUACUGUCUCCUCCUCUAUGGCUUUCAAUAAUUCUCGUUACAGAUGACAGUUCACCUGUCCUGUAGCAAAAAC